UAUCAGAGAGGUUCUGCCUUCUUCUUUCUCUGCUUUCUCUGCAGUGCUGCUUAUCGUCCAAAACUUUCUUCAUCUUCUCUCUCCGAGCAAACCAUCAUGACAAGUCGUGUUUCCUAUCGAACAUCCUCCGGAGGAGCUAACAGAGGCUUUACCUCUGGCUCUGCAAUUGUUGGUGGGAGUGGUGGUGGGAGAAGCAGUUUCAGCUCCUACUCGGUCUCUCGAGUUGGAGGAGCAAGAGGUGGAGGGGGUGGCAGCUAUGGACUUGGUGGAUUUGGCAGCCGAAGCCUGCACAACAUGGGCGGAAGCAAACGGAUUGCCUACGGUACCGUUUGCGGAGGUCUAAGAUCUGGUUAUGGUGGAGGAUAUGGCCUUGGUGGAGGAGCUGGUUUUGGUUAUGGUAUGGGUGUAGGUGGUGGUGGCUAUGGCAUGGGCGGAGGUGGAGCUGGCUAUGGCAUGGGCGGAGGUGGAGCUGGCUAUGGCAUGGGCGGAGGUGCUGGGGGCUUUCUGGUAGGUGGACCAGGUUUUGUAAGAGGUGGUCCAGGUUUUCCAGUUUGCCCCCCUGGUGGCAUCCAAGAAGUGACCAUCAACCAGCACCUUUUGCAACCUCUCAACCUUGAGAUUGAUCCAGAGAUUCAGCGAGUGCGUUCUCAAGAAAGAGAGCAGAUCAAGACACUCAACAACAAAUUUGCCUCCUUUAUUGACAAGGUCCGAUUCUUGGAGCAGCAAAACAAAGUCCUUGAGACCAAAUGGGAUCUCCUACAACAGCAAGGGACUCAUGUUCGGCAACGCAACGUUGAGCCUCUUUUUGAGGGAUAUAUCAACAACCUCAGGAAACAACUUGAUUCUCUAAUAAAUGAGCGGGGAAGACUGGACCUGGAGCUGAGGAAUAUGCAAGACAUGGUGGAGGACUUUAAGAACAAAUACGAAGAUGAAAUUAACAAGAGAACAGGUGCAGAGAAUGAAUUUGUGGUGCUCAAGAAGGAUGUGGAUGGUGCCUACAUGAACAAGAUUGAACUUGCUAGCAAAUCAGACUCACUGAAUGAUGAAAUUGAGUUCUUGAAAGCACUGUUUGAAGCAGAAUUAAUGCAAAUGCAGCAGCAAGUAUCAGAUACCUCUGUCAUAUUGUCCAUGGACAACAACAGAAGCCUGGACUUGAAUAGCAUAAUUGCUGAGGUCAAGGCACAGUAUGAAGAUAUUGCCAACAGGAGCCGGACCGAGGCCGAAUCAUGGUAUCAAACCAAGUAUGAAGAACUACAAGUGUCUGCUGGGCGCCAUGGCGAUGACCUUCGUAACACGAAGACAGAAAUUUCUGAGCUUAAUCGGGUGAUCCAGAGACUGCGAGGUGAAAUCGAUGGCUUGAAGAAACAGUGUGCCAACCUUCAGACAGCCAUUUCUGAGGCUGAAGGUCGUGGUGAGCUUGCCCUCAAGGAUGCUAAGCAAAAGCUGAAUGAAUUGGAGGAAGCUUCGCAGAGAGCCAAACAAGAACUUGCCCGGCUACUCAAGGACUUUCAGGAGCUCAUGAAUGUCAAACUGGCCCUUGACAUCGAGAUUGCCACUUACAGGAAGCUGAUCGAAGGAGAAGAAAUCAGACUGCAAGAAGGCGUUGGAAAUGUCAGCUAUUCUGUAGUCAGCAGCACUACUACCAGUGGAUAUGCUGGUGGAACUGGCCUGGCCUUGGGAGGAGGUUUCGGUGGAGGAAGUGGUGCAGGACUCGGAGGAGGACUCGGAGGAGGAUACGGAGGAGGAUACGGAGUUGGAAUUGGUGGCGGUGGCGGCGGUGGUUAUGGCAUUAGCAGUGGCAGCAACUAUGGAGGAACCGGUUUUGGUUCAGGGUUCAGCAGCGGAGGUGGGAGCUCUUACAGCAGUGGAGGAGGUCGCCAUUCCUCAGGUGGAGGAGGAGGUUCCAGUGUAAAAAUUGUAUCAAAAACCAGUACAAGCAGGAAAUCUGCCUAUUAAAGUCAGAUCCUCUCCUCCUCCUGGAUGACAAUUCGCAUAACCGUGCUCAUUGUGCCUGUCAUGUAAAUAAUGCCAAGGGAAGACAAACCCCCCACCCCACCCAAAAAGCGCUUUUCCUCUCUGACACUUUCACCUUUUCCAUCAAAGUCUAGCUCCUAACAUUCACCUGGGUAUCUGCAUCCAAAUCCAACACACGUGACCUGUUCCUCUGUUGGAACUUGAUCUGUCAUGGCUGAAACACAAGUUUCUCCACCUGGCACAGCUUUAGCAGGGAGGCCACAGAAGGAAACGCAACCCCGUUAAGCGAACCACUUGCGUAAUCGUUUCAAGGAAGGUCUCAGAUCAAGAGAGUCUCUAUGUAGAUCAGUGAGAGGGUUGUGAGCAGGUAUACAAAAAGGAUGUCUGCAGUACACCAUGUGAACGUUACUUCUACAAUUGUAGCAUCAGCCGUUCAAUGAAUAUCAGAAGUCUAACGGGUGUAAAUCUUGUGCCAAACAUUUAUCUUAACAAAACCGGUUUCUGCAACCUAGCCUACAUAUUCAUCUACAUCAGUAUCUUCUUUAAUUUGCGCCAGAGACAUUCCAGGUUGCCAGUUAUUGUACUCCUGGACAUGUGCAAAAUAGUGUGUGUUUGUGGGGGGGAACCAUGCAGAAAACCAGUAAUUGUAAAGACCUUCUUGGUUUCUUUGAUACAGUGUGUUAGCUCUGAUAUAAAAACAGAUAUAAUGAGGGUUACUAGACUGGCAAACUUCAUGGGCUUGUCUCAUUCCAAACAACAUUUCUGAUCUUUUCUCCUUUUUGAGCAUAUUCUUUGGGUUUUCAGAUUGAGUCUAUAUGACGCUACAAACCAUUUUAACCAUGCACUCUUCUACAGUAAAAUAGCUUUGAGACACAAAUGAUCUGUUCCUUUGCAAUGUUUCUACACAGGGUGUUUAUGUUUCCACAGAUGAGUACUCGUUCUCAUUCUUUCUCUCUUUGUCACCACUUUUCUUCCUUUCUUUAAUGUGAAAGCAAUAUUGGAAAAGGUGAUUGUUUCUGCUGCUGCUAUUUUAUGAAUUGUAAUGCUUGAUUCUACGCAAGUCUGCAUGACAAAUAAAGAGCAAUUUUAAUUUUUGAA